AUGUAAUCAGUUCAGUUGCAGUAGUGAACCAUAGAAGAACAACAUGGCCAACGUAAGACCCCUCAAUGCAGAUUUACAAAAAGUAGCAGCCGAUUUGGGAGAAGUUCCCUCCCGUUUGGCUGAUGACUUGGCGUCGCUCAAGGAAUGGAUUGGCCAACAGCCACAUUUAAGAGCCAAUACAGAUGAUCAAUUUUUGGUUGCCUUUUUGCGGGGCUGUAAAUAUAGCAUGGAAAAGACAAAAUCUAAAAUAGAUCGUUACUUUACAUUGAAGAGUAAAUUCCCAGAACUUUUUGGUCCCAUUGAUGUGGAUGAUCCCAGGGUGAGGGAACUGCUGCACACAGGAACAUGGUUAUUUUUGCCCACACCUUUGCACGGCAACGGUCCCCGCAUUGGCAUAAUGCGCAGCGGAAUGUAUUCAGCUGAUAAGUACCCCAUUGAAGAAGUUGUGAGAUUAGUCAAUGCCAUGCAAGAAAUAAUAAUGCUGGAAGAUGAUUAUGCCAUUUUGCAAGGUGCUGUAUUUAUUGGUGAUUUUAAAAACUCCACCAUGGCCCAUAUGAUGCAAAUGACACCAUCACUGAUGAAGAAAAUGACAGUUCACUCCGAGGAGGCUGUGCCAUUGCGACCCAAGGCCCAGCAUUUUAUUAAUACCAUUGCAGGAUUUGAACCCAUAUUCAAUAUGGUCAAACCCAUGAUGUCGGCCAAGCAACAAAAAAGGUUAUUUGUUCAUGGCAGCAAAAUGGAUUCCCUUACCAAAGAAAUCCCCGUCAAAUACUUGCCCAAAGAAUAUGGCGGUGAAAACGGUUCGGUGGAGGAAAUUAUUGCCGAAUGGGAUAAGAAAUUGGACCAAUACAGGGAUUACUUUAAGCGCAGUGCCGAAUGGGGUACCGACGAGAAGUUGCGUCCCGGAAAGGCUAUUGAUUUUGAAAGUCUCUUCGGUAUUGAUGGUUCCUUCCGUAAAUUGGAUGUCGAUUGACUAAUUGAUGAUAUUUUUAAAGAUAUUUUAGAGUGAGUUUGUGGUUUUCUUUUUAAUUUUGCAAUGAGU